CCACAAACAGUCCGAACCGGCGGCUUGGCUGAACCAGCUCCGGUAGUUCUCGAAACGCCGCCGACAAACAAGGACACGUAUCAGAGGUCGAACGAUCUCGAGCGUGCAAUUUACGAAAGAAGUCGCAUAAAGCGGGCAGAUGUUCCUGGCCGCGUGCAGAAACAAUACCGAGAAACGUCGCGCCGUUUGAUAUAUGCGGCACGAAAGCGUUGUUUGUGCAUGUGUGCUGGCUAACAAAGAAGACGAAUAGAAGCGCGUCGGUCAGGUUUCGUAUGACUGAUUGGUGUUUGUCGCACUUGCGUUCCAGUUAACGACGAUCGGCGACCAAGAGGUCGUCCCGCAAAUGCCGGUUUCGUAUUCGAUCGUUAAUUCGCCUUAUGCGUGAUUCGUUUCGGGAGUCGGGUCGCAAUGGAAGCAACGAGGACGAACGUGGCGAACGGACGUGUCGAUGAGGAGCCGAAGAAGAUGGAGAGGAAACGGAAAUCGGUGUUCUGGACGUACGUGCUGUGGGCGUUCGGCGGCCUAUUUGGGGCGCACCACGUGUACCUGGAGCGGGACAAGCAGGCGUUCGUGUACUUCAGCACCCUCGGCGGGUACGUGGGCUUCGGAUGGCUCCGGGACAUUUACAUGAUCCCGUGGUACGUGGCCGACGCGAACGAGGAUCCUCGAUUCCUCGAGGACUUCAAACAGAAAGUUCGAACCAACCGCAAGCCGCCGUUCUCGACGGUGCGAUUCGCCGCUGAAACCGGCGUUGCGUACUUGUGGGCCGGGAUCUAUCGCAGCGCGAUACCAGAGGACGAAGUCUACGGGAUCAAUUUCCGUCACCUGUUGCUUUUAACACCAUUCGUCAUCGCAUUUGGCGUGUGGAUAGUUGGUAACAUCGGCAGGGAGCGUGGAUCCAUAUGGUUCGCUCUAGGCGCAGCGUACCUGUUCUAUCCGACCUUGUCGUACAUCGGCGAUGACACUAUGUGGCUGUUCCUGAUGACCGUAGCUUCCGCGUGGAGCUUCGACACGUUCAGCAAGGAAUGGCGGCUGAAGCCAAGGAAAAAGAAGGGCUUGGUUCGCAGGCUGUUUUAUCUGACCUUGGCCGCCGCUUUCUACAUAUCCCUGUUGGUCAGCUACUUCUAUUUCAACGCCGUGGUGACCGACAGCGAGGGCGAGGAGAUCAAGCUAUCGGAGGCGAUCCGGCAUUUCUUGACCUCUCCUAUAUGGCUCGAUCUCAAAGCUAGUCUCGAGGCGACCUGGAACCAGGCGGUGCAUCAGGGUUUCUGGGCAACGUGGGCGCAACUGAUCGACCUGACCGAUCCUCGGGGUGAAAUAAACGCGUACAAGGUGCUGGGUUUAUCGCAGACGGCCACGCAGAAGGAAGUGACCGCUCGUUGGAGGGCACUUUCGCGGGACAAUCAUCCGGACAAGAUCAAAGGCUCGGAGCAGGAGAGACGGGAGGCUCAGGAGAAGUUCAUGGAGAUCCAGCAGGCGUACGAUAUCCUCUCGAAGGCGAAGAACCGGAGGCAACGCCGCAACAGAAAGAGCGACGACGACGAGAACGUCGUCGACUCCGGCGAUCGGUGAAUCGGCGGUUCUCUCUCCCUUGCGUUCGUUUAACCCUCAAUCAAUCGGGUGGAUAACGAUACUCUUUUUUUAAUAUCCGCCCUUUCAAACUAAGCUAUAUAAUAAAUACGUUGUACAAUCUACCUAAUCAGUUGCGGGUUAAACGCGUCAGUUUCGAUCGACGAGGUGCACGAGAUUCGGAGGACGAAGCGAUCUCAUUCUACCUCGUUACCGUGUCCCGUUUCGAACGGAAUUAGAAGUUCGUUAGUGUAAAUAUAGAAAUGGGAGAGACGAAAGAGCGAUAUAUAUAAUAUGUAUAUGGAUGUAUGUAUGUAUGUAUAUAUUUUUCUUACAACGUCGCUGUUGGUCGGCCGAGGAGGAGAGCCGAACGUUUCCGUCUCGACAGCGUAUCCAAUGAAUAUAGCGAUGUUGAUAUCAA